CCAAGGCAUUGGGGAGGGAAGCGUGGCUUGAGCCGGGAGAAGGAGGAGGAGAAGGUGGGUGGAAACGCCUCAGAGACACCUCCCUGUUAGCAGGAGGAGACAUCGGAUGCUGUCCACGGUUUUGUCUCAGGUCCAGAAAAUCCACACUGCAGGGCAGUACCUCAAAUCCAGAACAGGGGCAGAGCAUCGCUGGCUGGAGAGGCAUUUGCAGGAUCCAUUUGUGAAGAAAGCCAAAGAGAGGAACUAUCGAUGCCGAAGCGCCUUCAAAUUGCUGGAAAUUGAUGACAAGCAUAGCCUCUUUCGCCCUGGGUUGCACGUAAUUGACUGUGGCACGGCCCCCGGAGCCUGGGCUCAGGUUGCGGUUGAAAGAGUCAACGCCGCAGGAUCUGAUCCAGAUAACCCCAUUGGCUUUGUCCUUGGUGUUGAUCUUCUUCACCUUUCUCCCCUGGAAGGAGCGAUUUUCCUACCUCAUGCCGAUAUCACGGAUCCGGGCGUCCACAGAGAAAUCCAAAACCUUCUCCCUAAAGGAAAAGUGGAUGUUAUCCUAAGUGACAUGGCACCUAAUGCUACUGGGAUCCGGGAACUCGAUCACCAAAAGUUGAUCCAUCUUUGCUUGUCCCUUUUGGAUCUGGCCCCGUGCAUUCUGCAGCCUGGAGGGGUCCUGCUGUGCAAAUUCUGGGAUGGCAAGGACGCCCAUCUCCUCCGAAGGCGACUGAUGCAAGACUUUCAGGAAGUGAGGACGAUAAAGCCUCAGGCGAGUAGGAAGGAAUCGGCCGAGACUUUUUUCUUAGCAAAAACAUACCGAGCGGAGGCAAAUGUGCAGCUGAAGAAACUCAAGUAGCUCCAUGCGUUCUGCGGGGCAUCGCUUAAGAUUAAUGUUCCAGAGCUGGUUUCAGCCAUAGCUGCCUUUUCUUUGGAGUUGGAGGGUGCUAAAGGCUGCAAGUUUUGCACGCCGUUGGGAGAAGUGAUGGGUUUAACCAACCAGAUCCAGCUGGGAAACGCAAGGAUAAUGUUGACAGAAACAUGCCUAACAUUGAUCAAUUAUUCAGUAAGUCUAGAAAUCGAUUAGUUCAGCCAUUCAGUUUAUCCACGAGCCACUUCUUUAUCAGCGUGUAUGAAGGUAUAUAGCAGUUCGAAUUUUGAAUACAAAUAAGCCCAAUGUUUAUGCUGUAUUUUCUUCAGUAUUUAAACGGAUUUGCUCUCUCUUGUUUAUGAGGGUGUUGAAUGGGUUUUCAUUUAUACUUUCGAACUUUCAUUUUCCCAAGCAGCCCCAGGAAGUUUGCGUAUAGGACUGAUUUUACAUUGUAUAAAUCAGUGUUUCUCAAC